GUUCAAACUUGAAGCAGAGCCCAUCCAUCAUCCGGCCAUCGUGGUCCUGGACGCUCCGGCUGAUCUGCGAGCGCACCUACCCCAGGAACCAGUCCACGUUCGUUGGCAUUGUUCAUCACGUCGCAGCAGCUCCCCCAUUGGCUCCGCGUGCUGCGUAACUGUGCGCGAACCGGCGGCGGGAGAUGGGUGCGGUGGAGGAGCUCGUGGCGAGGGCGGGCGGGUGCGCGGUGAUCGACGGCGGCUUCGCCACGCAGCUGGAGGCGCUCGGCGCCGACAUCAACGACCCGCUCUGGAGCGCCGCAUGCCUCAUCGCCAGGCCGCACCUCGUCAAGGAGGUUCAUAUGCAGUACCUUGAAGCAGGUGCUGACGUCAUCAUUUCAUCAUCCUACCAGGCAACGAUCCCAGGGUUCCUAGCCAAAGGAAUGUCUCUGGAUGAGGCUGAAGACUUACUGCGAACAAGUGUAAAACUGGCCCUGGAAGCACGGGACGAAUUCUGGAAGUCCACACUGAGGAAGUCGAAGCCUAUUUACAACCGUGCCCUAGUCGCUGCAUCCAUCGGAAGCUAUGGAGCCUAUCUCGCUGAUGGAUCAGAGUACAGUGGAUCAUAUGGAGCUGACAUCACAAUUGAGAAACUGAAGGACUUCCACAGGCGCCGGUUGCAGGUCCUUGCAGGUGCUGGCCCUGACCUGAUUGCAUUUGAGGCCAUUCCUAAUAAAAUGGAGGCACAGGCAUUGGUUGAGCUUCUAGACGAGGAGAACAUCCAGGUCCCAUCUUGGAUCUGCUUCAGCUCCGUGGACGGCAAGCACCUGUGCUCUAGGGAAAGCUUCGCAGACUGCCUUCAGAUUCUGAACGCGAGCGAGAAGGUUGCUGUUGUAGGAGUGAACUGCACGCCGCCUCAAUUCAUCGAGGGCAUCAUAGGCGAGUUCAGGAAGCAAACAAAGAAGGCGAUUGCUGUCUACCCGAACAGCGGCGAGGUUUGGGACGGGAGAGCAAAGAGGUGGCUGCCGGCCGAGUGUUUGGGUCACAAGAGCUUCGACGCGCUCGCCAAGAGAUGGCAGGAGGCCGGGGCCAGCCUCAUCGGAGGAUGCUGCCGGACCACGCCUUCGACUAUUCGGGCCGUUUCCAAGAUCCUCAAAGGCAGGACGGGGCAUUGAUUUCUUCAGAAUUGAGAUUGAGAUUCUACAUUAUGCUGCCGGAAUAAAAUUCAAAAUAUAAAUUUCUGCAGUUAUCUUCUCCCCCAUUCAAUUUUGAACUCAUCGCGUGAACGUUUAAAUAUAAUUUGGCAGUGCAAAACGUAACGGUUUACACUGUUGACGAGUAGUGUUUACCCAGAAAUCUAGCUACGGUCGUAACAGAGUUGAUGUUGUUUGGAUAUGAUGCUCUUCACCAAAUUAAGAUUAUCAGACUGCCGGAA